UAUACGAAAAAUCCCUUGCAAAACUCACUAACAAAUUCUUUGUCGUUGAUUUCUGAAGAACAAGAACGCGGUAAGUGGAUUUUAAAGAUUGCACCUGUUUGUAUCCUUCACUUAGCUUUUGUUGGCGAACAGUCUGACGAACGAGUUUAUUAUUCUCUCCUUUUAAAAAUCCCCUUAUCAUGUCAAACUAGGCCAUUCGCCAACUACUUUGACAGAAACCUCAAGACCAAAGCCGUCCAAAACUAUUACAUUUAAUGUCAAAGAGUGGACUUAAAAAACAAAAAAAAAAUUUUUUUUUUAAUUUUUUUUCACGCUUAUUGGUGACAAAGUUAGACAGAUUGGUUUGUUUUAUUUUUCCACCUACAGCCAAAUUUUUUACACUCCAUUAUGAAUGCCCAACUUAUAAUUGUUUGCAUACAUAUUUGUUCGCCUUUUCUUGGAGGGUUCUAUAUCUAACAGCUAGUAGUGCAAGGUCUUUAAUGAAUUAAAUUCCUAACAGUCAAAAUUUUUCACACAAGGUUUCAUCAAACUUCUUGAUAAUGUCCAACGAUUCCAAAAAUACCUCAUUUAUCUAAGUUGACACAAUGAUUGAACUUUCUCAAAGUUCACUUGUAAGCCUUCUACAAUGUUAAGAAUGUCUCUCUUACAGUUUCGCUCAACAAAGCAAACUCUCUACCUUCAAACACCUUUGUUAAAGCAGGUGUAUUACGCUAGGAAGACUUAACACUUACAGUUCAAAUGCCCAGCCCCUCCCAGGAAAAGUUGAAGGACGGGGGGAAGUUAAAGCUUGGAAUUGAUCGGCGAAUUAGUUUUCUGUCAUGUAUCGGCUAGUUCACUAAUUUGAGCCACAAUUUUAGCGAUAAAUGCAAUGUGCGUUCAUGACGUCCUCUUAUUGUAUUUAUUUUCUUUGAAAUCUAGUAAGUGACCACUCAUUACUCAUCACUUGUGGAAGCAAGGAACGGCGGAGGAUUUGUUUUUGCAGGGAUCACAUUGUUUUUAAUGGAAAGUGAGGGGGGGAAUCAGUCGUCGCCAAAAGAGUACUAAGGGGGUCUAUCGAAAAAUUUCUACCGAUUACCUGCCAAUGAGGGGAUCAUAAGAAUAUCACUGUGCCUUAUGGGGAGAUCAAGUAAAUUUAAUAGUGACACAACAAAAAUCCUCCAAACCCCCCCCCCUCCCCUUACUCCCGCUAACCAGGCGACAAAGAAUGACCGGUCGCUAAGGGCGCACAGACCGUGGUUUACGAGAGACUACCUUAAGUUGGGCUAACGCUCGAAACAGUAGCUUCAGAAACUCUUAACGGUGGCCAAUUUUCAUUAUCAACUCAGUUGAUAAAACCAAAUGAGCUUGUAAUACCCCCCACCGACACAGCAACACAUUUCUUUUAAAAACAUAUGCCAAGUGGUUCUGUCAAGACCAAUGACGUUUAGGGAGGGGUGUGAAAGUGAGAGGAGUAACAACAAAUGUUGAUCGCAAAAGCCUGGGUAAGAAGGAGGGGCAUUAUUAAAAAUGGCUUCCACGAAGGUGCUCGAACAGUGGGGAAGAAUACCAGUGGUUUGUUUACAUCUUUAAUUGCGUCGUUAAUUGCUCUCAAACUUUGCUCGGCUCUCAACAGGUAUGAACAAAGCAGAGUUUGCCGUUUGUCGAAUCAAAGAAAAGCUUCCUGGGAACCAGGGACUUGUACUAAAGGGAAGCGGUUGUGUUGUGCAUUGUGAAAGACUCGCAACUUCGUGGGGUUGGAAAUGCAAUUACUUUAUUGUUACCCCAAGUGUCGUGCUGAGUCGGGAAGACCUGGCGACGGACAAGAUGUUUAUCGCCGAAUUUUUAAAUAAGGAUAAACGAGGGCUGGAAACCUUUGAGUUGAAGCAAAUGGCCGAAGUUUGCAAAGAUCUUCCAGGAUGCAUCUUUGAUAAUGAUCUUGAUCGAGGUCACUCUCUUAGUUUUAUCUCUGUUGAACCACUAGAUAAGCGCGGGUUUCUUAAGAAAAUGGUGAAGAAAGGGAGUCUGCAAACAUAUCGUCCAUUAGAAUGCGCUGAUUUCUUCAGUAAAUCUCGACAAGAACUUGUUCUUGACGAAGGCCUGUACUGUCACGUCGUCCGAGAUCUAUUUAAUGAGUCAACAAACUCUCCAUUUUCGACCCAAACUUUUAAACUUGUUUGGGAGCCGCAGACGAGACUCUUCAGCAUACAGGACUUUGCUGGAUCAGCGAUAGGAUUUAAUGAAGGGGCAUUUCCAAUUGGGGCCGUAAUUUUCACUGGAAAGGGUGAAUUUGCUGGUGUUUUAGAAUUUGCCGACGGUUUCUUGUCUCCCGUAUUUUUGCCGGACUCGUCGAUGAUAGGUAAGUAGAAAGUUUAUCAUAACAUCAAUUAUUAAGUUGAUGUGACCCCACGUAUCAAUUUAUUUUGACAAUCCUAUGAAACAAUAAUGAUAUAAUAUAUUAAAGUUAUAUUUAAAGUCCCCUGAUGAAGGCACUAGACAGUUGUGUCGAAACAUUGGGUCUAUGAAUUGUAACUUCUUCUGUUACAUUCAUUAAAUCUGUAAACCAGAGUAGCAUCAAACCAUGUCUGAAUAAUUAUAUAGCCACACGUGCCACGCUAACCUACAAAUUCAUGGCUGAUAUUUCACCCUCCAACAAUUUGAACUAUUAAGUACAGGUAUCUCGUGAUGUUUCCGGUGGUUUUGUUCUGAUGUUGAUACUAGUAUUAAUUUCAAAAAUUUGCGUGUUCAUUAAACAAUUAAACAUGCGCCAAAUUAGUUGUAUUGCUUCAUACGCCUGAGAUUUGAUAUUCGAGAAUCUACUACGCAGGUUACGCUUCUAUUUAAUUUUUCCACCUCGUUGAUAUCGAUGCGGUGAUUUGGCAUUGUUAUAUUACUAAUUCUUUUCUAUUUGAUUAAAAUUAAGAAACGCCUCUCACUUUUAAGACUUGAUCCCUUAAUUAAUAUUUCAUAAAAUGUUUAAUUCUACCUGCUGAUUACUCAAAAUCUUUAUGAUUAUCUCUAGAGAAUAUUCAAAAUGGUGAUCCUGCUGUACCAAGUGAAGAAAAGAAUGCUGCAGAUGUGGAAUUGGAGCAUGAAAUUGCUGGAAAUGAAGUCUUGGUUGGUGAAAUCAGUCAGGACUCAGAAGUUUCAUCACAUGGUUUAUCAUAUGAAUCACAUGGUAAUAACAAUGAAUCAUUACCUUCAUUGGAACCAUUCAAACCUGGUACUGAAUCAUCAAUUCCUGUCAAGGUGGAUGCCCUUGACUCGAAUAAGACAAAGGAAGUAUUCCAACAAGAUCAAGCAUGUGCUUCUGUUAGUAAGAAAACAGAGGAGCUGGAAACUGGAAUUAUUUCAAAUCCUUUAGAUCACUCAAAUGACAAGGGAGAAGAUGAAUCAAAAUGUCAAGAUACUCUCAGGGAAGGGUCCAGCAAAGUGAAAGAUCUAGAUGAAAGCAAAAAUUUUAGUUCAGUAGAGAAACCAUUCUCUGGGACUGAAGAAGCCAAAAGAGCUGAUGUAACUGCAGAGGCUGUGGGGAUUGUGAAUGUGGUAUCUUGCCAUGGAAAUGAGAUUAUUACAAGCCACAAUGACAAUUUAGUGACGGUCAUUCAAGGUAUUUUUUUUUUAAUAUAAUUGUCUUUAAGAUAGCAAAAUUCUUCAGGUCUCAAAUAUUUACUACAAAGAAGUUGGGUCAAUCUCAGAGCACUUAUUUAUCCUCAGUUUUUAUACCAUGUUCAUAAUAUCUGAAGAUAUUUUUUGAAUUGUUGCAUUAAUUAUAACUGAUGGUCCUCUAGUAGAUUUAUUGGAACCAUUGCCUUAAAAUGUGAGGAGAUAUAAUUUAGAAAAAUAAAAAUUAGUGAAACAUAAUUCCUUGUGAACCAACAGACCAGUGAGAACUUGAUUCAUAGUGAAUCAAGGCAAUAACUUGUGUUAUUAUAUAACAAUAUGAUUUUUGUAGAAAUUUAUAAUCUUAAAAAAAUUUUUGAAGGAUUUUAGUACAUAUUUGCUCUUUUUUUUUUUUUUUAAUAAGUGGGUGGUGUCAUCCCUGUAGAAAAAGGAACCACUCAACAAGAGGAUACUUCUGAUAAGAUCAUCACAGAGAGUGAAUAUUUCUUACCAGAGACCAGCCCUUCAGAAAUGUCACCAGCUGAAAGCAAGGGUUUGUGUAAUGGAGAGCUAUCUGAUAUUCAAGAACCUAUGACUGAUUCUUCAGUAGAAAGCAAGGAAAGCUUUAUGAUAGACCAAGAACACUUUGAAACUUCAGAUCCCAAUGAACAUGUCCAUAUAGAAAGUGACCAUGUUGCUUUGGAAGGCUCAAUACCUCUUGAUACAAAGGUUAAAACUGAGUCAAUUGAGAGGCAAGACUUGGAAAUCAGUGAUACAGAGGUGGAAACUCUUGAUAAUGAGGAUUCCACUGUUUCAUCUGAGAGUAAGAGUGAUACACCCGACAGAAGUGAAAUUUCCUCUCAGGUCAUUGCACCAGUUGAUCUUGUCACGAGUGAAACCAGGGAUAGUGGUCAUUUGAGAGAGUAUGAAGCUGAGAACAUCAAUCAAGAAAAUUCUUCCACUGAACAUUCUCUGGUAUCAGAAGUAAUGGAAGGAACUGAUGUCAAAGACAUUAAAAUGGUGCAGUUAGACACAGGUAGAGGUGAUAAACAUUCUGAGAAUGCAUGUACACCCAGUGAUCAUCUUGAUGCCUCUUUGACUCUUCAAGGAACUGAUCCAGAGGAUAACACAGUUGUUGUUGGCAGUGAUCAUGAUGAACAAUCUGAAAUAGAAAUAAAAAAAUUUUCUCCAGGCUUGGAUGAAAAUCAGGUAAUUAUAACACAGCAAGACUUUUUCAGUGUGACUGGUGAAGCAGUUAUUGCUGAGGGAAAUGAGUAUCAUUGUCAUCACAGCAAUAAGCAUGAAUUACUCUCAGAAACAAUGUCAAAAGAGGAGUCUCCAGGGUACAUUAGAGAAACAGAGGUUGAUCAGCAUUCUCAGGUAGAAAAUCUGUCUUCAAAUGUGGUUGCCAUGGAGAAGAAAGCAGAUGGACAGGGUGUGCAAGCUGUGCCACAACCAUCCAUCAAUUUUGAUCAAAAGGAGGGUGAAGAUGAAUCUGUGGAAAACUCUUUAGGAGAAGUUGCUGUUUUGCAAAGAGUUGAUGCAGGUGAGAAGUUCUUUUCUUGUAUACACCUUGCUUUUACACUGUCCUACAAAUCAAAAACUUCUAUCUCACACCAGCUGUCUAAUUUCAAGUUCAAAUGAUACGUCGAUGUUGAAGGUAAAUGACUUGAAUUAAAAAUGACUUCCAACUAUUGAUCGAUUUCCCUAUGUAAGGACUCAGUUAAAUGAAAUGUCACAAGAACAAAAUAAACUAUUUCAAUAUGGUUUUUAUCAGAAAUUCUUUGUGAGUUACAACAGAGCUCUGUAUCCAAUGGUUGUCAUUGCCUGUUACAGUUGAUAUGGAUGAGCUUAUUUCUGUUACAAUAAUGACUGUCAUGUGACUUGUCAAGGUCAUUCCUUUAACUUAUAAGGGUGAUUGGCAUCCAAUUUCUCCUUAAAGUAUCACUGCUGAAUCAAACAGCAAGGUCUUGAGAAUAAAGGGAAAUGAUCACCAACUAGAGAAGUUCACGAUAGGUUAACAAAUUCUCCUUGUCAGCACCAUAGGAAAUGUAAAGAGAACAGUAUGGAGAAUAUGGAUACCCAUGUAAGGUGCAAAGGAUUAAGCUGUAAAUUUGGUGUUUUUUUAUGUUGAGUGGUCAAAGAAGACUGGUGCUGUAAAGUCUAAUGACUGCCCUGUUGCCGAGAAGGCAAUCCCAAGCUGGAAAACGGACCCACUUUGUUCCCUUGCAAGCAAAUCAGAAUAACCAUUUUUUGCAUCAUAUUUCCUGCUUAAAGAGGCAGCCAGACUUGUAAUCAGAAAGUACUGACAAUGCAAAAAUAGGCUUUGUGGGUCAAUGUUAUAGCUGUCAAAUUUAAGUGUCACCAAAUUGUUACAUUAUAUUGCAAUCAAUUUUUUAUUUUAGAUUCUCUCCUUACUGAGACCAUCACAAAUAAUCCUCUUAUUCUUGGAGACCUCGGUAAAUGUCUGGAUACAGAGUACCAAUAUGGGAAAGUUCCUUGUUGGAGAGACCUGGCUAAAUUAUUGGGUGUACCUCCAGAAGCCUACGAACACUGUGGUACCUUCUCAGCUACAAGUCCAACUGAGGACUUGUUUGUGUUCCUAACAGCAACAAAACCUCAACUUACUAUUGACGAUGUUAAGGAGGCUCUGAAAGAAAUUGGCAGAUGUGAUGUGGCUCAUUAUCUAGACAGAAAAAUUGCAGGUGUUUCAAGCAAUUCAGUGAAUUUGUUUCUUAGAAAUGCAAAGAGCAAUAGGCACAGAAAAUACCUUGAGCUAGAGGGCCAAAAUAGAGUCCUGAUCCUGUCUCAUGCAUAAAUUUUUAAAAAAUUUAUUUCACAUGUACCUUAGACAGUAUUUGAAAAGUCACAAAUGUUGAAAGGAAAACUUCAAAUCUCAUUUCACCUUACCUUUCUGUAAAAUUCACUCUAGGCUGAAUCAGGCAUCAUGUAUAAAUGCUUUGCCAGCCUCUUCUAGUAAUUUAACAUUAUUCUCAUUUGUAAUAAUUUUUUCCUUUACCAAAAAUGAAUACAUGACUGAUUCUGUUAAUAAACUUAUUUAGUAUGUUUAUUUCUCAAUCAGCUGGACUCAUCAGUCAGGAAAGUGUAGUUGCCAGUCUUGUUGAAAAAGAUGACACAGGAAUUCUUGGUCAUAUGGCUCUGAAACUUGACAUGAAAAGCAGAAAGGAUUGGAAAGGUCUAGCACUACAACUGAAUGUACCCCAUUGUGUGUUACGAAACCUUGGAUCUCACCAGAAGCAUAAUUCAUCUUUAAUGUUGUUAAAGUACAUUCCCAUAUUUGAUCCUGAGAUGACAUUAGCACAUCUGAAAAACUGCUUGAUAUCCAUUGGUAGACAGGAUGUUGGUCUAAUCUUUGACAAGGGUGGAAUUCCAGGUAGCAUAAGUUUGUUCAUUAUUUCAAUUUGUGUUAUUACAUGGCUGGAAACUUAUCUUUGGUAAUGUUUGCAGUCAGGGCAGAUUACAUUUAGUUUGUACUUGUUUCCCAAGGUUGUCCAACUUGUCACAUGAAGAAAAAUCUCAGCCUUGUCUUUUCAUGCUGUUUAAAUUCUGCCUUUCUAAGGUUUUCUUUGAUAACCUCCUUUUCUUUACAGUCAAUUAAAAAACAUUUAGUUUAUUACUAACAGCAGUAUCAUGACUAUGAGUAGUAGGUAUCUCAUGUAAUUAUUGUUACUUGAACAAGAGUCAUUUUCUAUUUAUGGAGAGGGAUCUUUAGGUGCAAUUUGCACAUCACAAGAGCUUUGAGAAUUAAUUUUUCAUUUUUGAGAUACUUUGUCUGUAACAGUGGGUGCUUUUUAUUCACUAAAUGAUACAUCUUUGUCUGUUUCAACAUUAUGUCACAAGGAAAUUUUAAAAAAAACUUAUUUGGGGACUGGCUGUUUAUAUUUCAACAAGGAGAUUCUUUCUUUGUCUUUCAGGAGAUGAGCUAGUUAAAAAUAUUCUGGAUGACUCAGAGCUGCUUGAUCAAAUAACAGACCUGCUGAAUGAAGACCCUCCUCAUCCCCAUUGGAGACACCUCGCAAAGGAGCUGAAAAUUCCUCAGGAAAAAUGUCAAAUAUUUGAACCCACAGAAGAUGUCAACAGCCCAACUAAAUUGCUGUUUAAAAGUAUUGAGAGAUGCGAGCCAGAUUUGACAUUUGAGGAGCUUGUUCUAGCACUUGUUGCAAUGAAAAGACAGGAUGUCUUAGAUGUCCUCUUAACAUAUUUUUCAAGUGAGUUGAUAUUUUCCCCCACCAGAUAGAAUGAAGAUAGUCAACCUUAUUAAGUUAUCUUAUAAUUUUACUUAUAAGUAAUAUUUUUUUCAUUGUUUGGGCCUGAUCAGUAAUUGAUCAUACAUUAUGUUGAAAUCAUGGUAAAGGUGAGGCCAAUCAGCUCUGGGGUUAGAUGUUUGCAGAUUAACGCACCAGUUUGGAUCUUGGGAAGCAUAUUCCAAUUAUUGUAACAGUCAGUUUUCUUUAACCAUGAGUCUUUUUUUUUGUAGGUGAUGAUGUUGACCAGAUACUGGAAGAAAACAAUCUUCUUGAACCCCUAGAGGAUAUCCCAGAAGAAAUUGAAAGUUAGAGAGAGAGAUCAACUGUUUGUUAAGGAGGAAACAGUGGAGCAAUGAAAUUAUUAUAAAAUAUUGACUUGAUUCUGUUAGUUUUCUCCUAAAUCUCCCAUUUCGAAAUGAACCAAAUGGAUAAACAUCUAAAGGCCCUACUCAAGGGAUUAACAGUUUGGGGGGGCUCUAAGGUGAGAGGGUGGGUGUGGAGGGGGGGAAGAGAAGUCACAAGGUACUGUGCAUUCACAGUCAGUUAAGAUGUGUAAUGCAUGUACAUGGUUAAGAGUGGGUUGAAUCAGGGUUAACCAGUCAUGAGUUAUCUUUCCAAUUUUUGGGUAAUCGGGGACUGCACCGACUUUACUGUGCUAUCGUCUGUGACAGGUUCACAGUUAAAAUUGGCUUGAUAAUUGCAUUAUUCACAUGUCAUUUGAUUGGGUUACUAGAUUCCUAAGAUAUAAUGUUAAUAUAAAGGCUCUGGUGACUUGAGGUAUCUCUAGUUAUAGGUACAAAUGUAAAACCAUUGUUUAUACUUAAGACUGUGUAUUUUUGUAGGAUAUGACAUAUUUUGAUUAAUAUACUAUUUAUAAAGUUCUAAUGUAUACUGGUAUCAUGUCAGUUAUCUUGUACAUUAGAUGGUAGCUUAGUGAGAAUAGUUACUUUAUGUUGACUGUGAGGUAAAUCCCAGUUUUGCUGGGUGUAUGAAUAUUCAGGUGUAAUAUUAUUUAUGUAUCCUAAAUGUGCAAAAAAUACUUGCUUUAAAGUCAUUUAUACAUUGAUGACUUAUCCAUUUGAAGUGGCAGUAAUUCACUCCACAUUAAUUGCAUGUUUAGCUGAAAAGUUUAAGAGCAGAUUGGCUUUUCAUAUAUAAUAUUGGAAGAAAUAUAUUGUCUUAAUACUUUAGAGAAAAAAUGUUUUGACUUUUGUUGGGGGAACAUAUUGUUCAGUUUAAAUGAAAACUUAAUUUGAAUUAUUUCCACCAUCCAACUCCAAAGGAUGAAAGCAAAAGAGUAGUUGUUGUUAUUUUUGCCAACAUGGCAUGCAGUGAAGGUACUUAAUUAAUUAUUUUUUUCUUUCAAGAACUAUGAUGUUUAGAAUUGAACAUUUUGAAAGCAAAGUUUCAUUGGAUCAAAUACAUGUGAUUACAAGGGUAGCAUUGGAUGGAUGCACCAUGUAAUUUGAAUGAAUUUUCUCUAACUAUUCAGUAUCUUCUGCUUCUAUUGUAAAAGUGCGAAUGCUUUUCCUUACAAGGGAUCCAGAAAUGGUUAUGAAAACUUUGUUUCCCUUAUAACCAAAGGUCUAAAAUAUUUUUAGAAACUAGCUUUUCUACCUCUUACAACAAAUGCAUUUUUUGUGGUGAGCUGUUCAUGAGUGUAAAUGAUUAGUCUUUAAUUUUCUGCUUAUAGAAAAGUAUAUAAUUCUUUAAAAAUAUUUUGUGAGGUAGCAAUGUAUCUUAGCAUAUACCAUAUAUACAACAUAAAAGGAUUAGUUUUGAUAAUUAGUUAACGAUCAGUUAUUCCUGAAUCAAUAGCAAGCUUUUGUAUAAUCAGAACAGUGUACCAAGGCUGAAGCAUGUCGUUCUUUUCAAAGAAUGAUCACUUAUUAACAUCUGCUAAUGCAAAUUCAGAAGGUGUAGCGUUAUUUCUUAUUCCUAACUGAAAUUUCGUGUUCAAAUUUGAAAUAGAUAUAAUCGCGCUAUCUCAGUCUACGAGAUACUAAGCAUGUUCUCCAUUUUUCACCUUUUUGACGACUCCAAGUGAUUACUGCCAUGAAGCAGAAUCAAUCAAAAUUUAGCAGAGUCCAAAGUCGAAGUCAUGUAUUUAGUAAAGUUUCUUAUUUUCUGCAUUCUUUCUUUUCCUUCGUAAGAGACAGCCAAAGUCCAGGCUUGAGUUGUUAGCUUGGUAAUCUCUGUUUCGCAGAGCAGAAAUUGGUUUUACGUAAAACAGGGGUUUCAUUUACAGAAUUAACUUUUCCUCUUAAACUUCAAGGACUUCAGUGUUGAGUUGACAUUUGUCAAUUGACUUUUUUGUGGCAUUUUCCACGAAAUAACGGCCGAGUUUUCAAACUUAAACUAACUUUUAUUGUGAUCGAUAUUCUUUAUUUGGUAGUUAAUACCAAACGAAUAGAAAUUGUUACUUAUUCCAUUUACAUGUAAUAUGUUAAGACGUGGAACUUGCAUACUAUGCUCGUAAAUCUCGCUUUCGUAGCUAAUGUUACUGUGAAGAACACACUUACAAUAUGUUCCGUAAGUAAUAGGUACUUGUGUUUGGAAGCAUAGUGGAAAACAUAAAAUCAAGUUAGCCUGGAGAUUUUUCUUUUCAAAUAAGUAUGAUAGUCAAAUGUUUUUUCCUUAAUGAAAAUUUUCCAAUUCAUUAGUGGAUUACCCCCCCUCCUCCCUUUCCCUCAAUAGGGAGCUUAAGCAUCGACGUCUUAGAGAGGCGGACGGCGGCUGGAAGGUUAAAGUUCUUAAUUCUGGUCCUAAUACGCCUUUUUGGUCGGAACAGUUUGGUUUAAAAUGCGAUAACGAAGACCUCGUGAUCGAUAUAUUAAUGUUAAGGUGCAUCAGAGUUAGUUUUAUUCUUCUUCCGGUUACCGUCCGCGCUUUAAAGCGUCUCUUCACAAGUUCCCUUUUGCCUCACUGUAAGACCGAGAUGUUUCAUCCUGUGGUCUGAUCGUCCAGGUGGGAGCAGUCCGAAAAAAGCAUUCUUAUCGACAACUUUUAUUAGCCGAAGUGAUAAUCAGGGUCUGUGCUGUGACUAUGACGUGCCUAAGGGUUGUCGAAGCGUCAAUCACUAUUACCGACCAGGGUACUUUUCAGGAGUACAAUCAUCUCGCUGCUGCCUUAAGUUAUUCUUUACAGCUUUCGAUCCCCCCCCCCCCCUUCCUCUCUGCCUCCUCCUACAACGAUUGGUACUGAUUCACCUUUGAUCUUGACUGAAAUCGUGCUCCACUGGAACAAGCAGAUUUAGGUUGAGUAUUAAUUUCGUUUAUUCAGUAGGCGAGAGGGACUGCCCUCUCUGGGAAUUUUAAUUGUGGAACAGAAAGAAAGAGGUGCCAAAAGGAAACGCUCAAACUCUUGUUGCAGACGCCGAGUGGUACAAUGAAGACAAACUAUGCUGGUCGUUAGUCCAAAUGCUUUCCUCCAAAUAAGUACAUAUUUCCUUUGCUUGUUGAGAUAUUUUUGUGUUAGUUGUUAGGUUAUUGUUUUGUGUGGUUAGCAUCUAAGUUUUGAACUCUUAACAAAUCACUAAAGCCGACCUUUUCUAAAUACUUUCGAGUUGGUCGUCGCUGAUAUCUUCCUGGUAGAGAAGAGGUCUCCAUUCAGUCUCAAUAGGAAGGUUGUCUAUAGGUAAAUUUCAUUAAGUUUACCUUUUGUCAAAUGGCAGAUUUUUCAGGAUUCAGCUGGUUCAGUUUGUAAUCGUAGUUCAGUUUAAGACCGUUUUUACGUUUCUCCCACUUAAAAAUUGGAACGCGGUGCACAACUAGUUUAACCAACACAACCAGUUUGACGUAUUCGUCGUAAAAAGGAAAAACGGGGUUACAUUCGAUUUAUUUGAUUUUACUUAAUCCGAAUAUUUCUUCCCACGGCAUAAUUAAACCGUCAGGGUAAUGUCCAAAAUCACUCAUUCAUGAAAGUUCUUUCACAUACUGAACAGUAAAACUAUACGAGGAACUGGGCAGGAGCCCAUCUCUUUUAUGAUUGGCUAUUAUAUAAACACCCGCGAAAAACCUCGUGGGAGGUGCUUCUAAAAGUCAAAAGAUACGGGACAGGGUUGACUCAGAGGGUAAGUAUCAAAGAUGGAAGCUCCGGAUAAUGGGCUCCUCUCAUGGGUUGAAAUCCCGUACAGGCCUGACUCUUUUUCAGGCCUUAUUUUCACUACUGCUUAAGAAAUGUUCAAUACUGCGAAGUUCGCUUUCAUGUUCAUACAGCACUUUAUAUGGUGCUCAUUACAGGUGGGGGAUAGCUCAGAGAAAAUGAAAACUCACAAAUUGGCUUGUUGUGCAAGAUGAUUGGCGUGGAAGAGAAUCAGGAUUACACGCGAGCGAGGAUACACGCGAGAUUCCCACGCUUGUCGUUGGGGUCUGGGUUCUAAAACAACAGUGGGUAGUCAAGCAGGCAGUCAAGUAUGUGAAGUUUUCCCGUUUCCUCUAAGUUUGAUUAAUUUUUCCAGAGAGAUGGAUGAAGCUGACCGCAGGAAAGAAGCUCACUUGGCAAGAAAAAUUGAACUUGAAAGACAGCGUGAAGAAAUUCUUCGUGAAAGGGAGAGACUUCUUUCUCUGAAGAGUGAAAUUGGUGCAAGAGAUACGAACUCUUCAAGAAAUAGCUCAACGCGUUCGUCUACAUUGAGUGUACAGAUUAAGAAAACGAAAAACAAAAUUCCAGAGUUUGAAAGAAAAGUUCAAACGCUUAGAAAGGAAAACCAAGCUAGAACUGAUUUAUUGAGAAAACCUUACGAUGGAGAAAUGGGAAUCGGUACGUACGAACCCUGGCAGUUGGAGGAUUUCUAUUUCGUUCGUGAGUUUGUACGAUCAUGGGUCGACGAGGUUUUGGAUUUUAUCGUUCCAGAACGCCCACGAGUAAAACCUGACUAUGAUACAGCAGGUAUUGCUGAAGGGUUUUUCGAAGAACUUGAUGUUGAAAGGAAACACGAUGAAAUUCUUCAGGUGAGCCUCGACAUUGAACAGGGCAUUUUGGCAGAUGUCAUUUACCAGAUUGCCAAGGAAACAGCUGCUGAAUUGGUGGCUUUUGAGGUUCAAACUAGGACCAUGCUAGAUAGAAUCAUACUGGAUUCUUUUGAUCCUCGCUCUCAAUCAGCUGAUCAGAGAAAGAUUUCCCUACUGAACAAUGCUUUGUCUCAGUUCAAAAAGGAAGCCCUGAAGAAAAGAGAGGUUUGGUCUCACAGUCAAUCAUUUCACAGAGAUGAGAAUGUAAAUGAUACUUCUGUGAUAGUUGAUGAAGAAGAAGAUACUUUUGAUGGAACUGUGCUACAUUUUCAUGACAUCACACCUUUCAGUGAUGUACCUGAUGCUAAUCUCCCUCCAGAGCAAGUUGACUUUCAAAAUAAAGAAUCAGAGUUUUGGAUGGGGAACACUGUUGACCUGUGCACACUGCCUUUACCAAGACGUUAUAGAGGUGUCUCUUGUACUGCAUUGUCUCCUGAUAACAGCCUUAUUGCUCUGGGAACAGUUCAAGGAGACAUUGUGAUCUGGGAUUUAGCUACCUUUCCACCACGCAUAUUGAGAAGCAGCCGUGGUAAUAACUCUGCUGUUGUUCAACUUCACUGGAGUUUUGACUCUUCACAAGUGGUUAGUCUAAAUGAUUAUGGUGCCAUCACACUAUGGUCGCUUGGCAACACGAUAUCCAUACCUUACGAAGUGAAAUCAUUUGAGCCUUUGGAGGUUAAUAUUGGUUUUAAACCUUCUGCUCUAAUUCCAUUGUUGACUCUAGAGCGAAGAGACUUUCUGUUCACAAAAGGACCAUUUUCAGAUUCCAGAGAUUUAUCAAGUGAAGUAACGACAGUAGCUUUUCAUCCUUCAGCAACACUUCUGGGAAGGCAAGCAUUUUUGAUGGUGGGGUUCAGUAAUGGGAACAUUUUGAAGCUUAGAUUCAACAAAAUGGUGUCAAUCAUGUCCUUUCCACAGGUUCAACCAGCCAAUGGUAUAACACAUAAGAUUGGUAAAGAUGUUGAUGCUGAACUAUUUAAAGAACAUUGUCACAAGAUUGUGCUUAUAACAUUUGUGAACAACAUUUUACCUAUGGUAACUGUUGAUGAAAAAGGAUUUAUGAACAUAUGGGAAUACUCCAGUGAAUGCUUAACUGGAUUUGGCUGGUUUGUUCCCAGCACUAAGUACAGGCUGAACAUGGUGGAGAUGACAUACGAGCCUGUUCUUGGAACACAGGAGAAAGAAGAAUUCACAGAUGAAGUGAAAGGUCCAAAGCAUAAACACCAUCGUUUGAGGUAAAAGUGUUUCCUGUCUCAGGCUGAAGUUUUUACUUUAAGCCUGUUUGUUCAAAGGAUGGAUAACACUAUCCAAUGGAUGAAUUGCUAUCCAGCAGAUAAAUAUUAACAAAUGAUACUGUGCUAUCCAACCAGAUAGAGAAUUACUGGUAUCCAGUGGAUAGUGUUAUUGACCCUCUCUUGAUAUAGACACAUGUCUGGCAUGUGUGUGCACCAAAAAUUACAGGUGAUUUGUUUGAUAUACCACUGAAUACUUCUAUAAAAUGUUGUAUGUUAUCUACAAUAUAGUGAUUGCCUGUAAUACAGUCACUAUUGGUGAUGUGGGCUGAGUGAAAAUGAAAAAGUACACCAUGUUUUACUGAAAAAUGAAGAAAUGUUCAUUUACUUAGCAUAAAUUUAUUAGGACAUUUUGGUUAUUAUCAUUCAAAUUUUUGAGCAUGCCAAGUUUAAAUAAUUUUUAAUUUUUUUUUUAGGCAGAAAAUGGUUCAAAAUCGUAUAAAGACACAGAAGUACAUCAAUUCUCUUCGUCUGGAAAAACCAUGGCAGACUCAAGAGAAGGACAACAAGGUUACCAAAAUAUUUGCACCAAAAAAUGUUCCUGAAUCAGGAUCAACUUUCCACCAUGUGACUUAUUAUCAGAGGUCAGGCCAGUUGGCAUCUUAUGUCACCAAGGUUUACAAGCCAUUGCAAAUUCCAUGUUCAAAGUUCAUCUUAUCCAAACAAAACUUUGCAGGCACCAGACUUGUGUUCAUGCUUCUGUUUCCAGUGGUAGAACCAAAGGAAGCCCAUGUUUCUCUGGUUAUCAUCAAUCUUGAACCAACAGUGUCUGUUAGUAAGAAUUACAUGCACAUUGCUCUGGACAAAGAUGAUUAUGAAAGAUGUCUUUCUGGAAGUACCUGCUCUUUUGGAAUCUCUCAUGCUAUAGAUGCCACAGGAAGUGAGUACAUUGUGGCAAAUGUGAAUGGAAAUUUAUUUGCAGUUUCCAUGACAACAGGAAAUGAAGUUAUGGCAGAAACUCAGGAGGGAUGGGUGGGUUGCCAUCUUAGUCUCAAGAAAGGUCAAGUACCUCCAACUUCCAAGGUAGAAGUUGCUAGCACAUCCAAAGGUCUCCAAGUGUUGUUGUAUACCCACACACUAAAUUCUGCAGUUUUACUGCAGGUGAGAGAUGAGAACACCCAAGAGCAACGUAAACAAACAUGGAUUGCUUUCCAGCAGUGGAUACAUGUUGGCACUAAGAAUACUGAAUGUGUUCCAGUCACUUUGCACACAAUAAGGAAACAUGAUUGGACCUUUGAGGGACACUCAGAUGUGUACAUUCAGUGUUUCAUGGAGUCUUUGGUUCUUGACUUGAUUGAUGACGCAGUCCAAAUAGCUGAGGGUUCAUUUACCAGUGAACAACAACAAAGGUUUCAUGCUGAAAACUUUCAGAUUCCAUUUUUGAGAAAGAGUUUUCAGGAAACACCACAAGAUGCUGACCAAGGGAACAUGUCUUCCUGGCAUGACAGGCAGUCAGUGGUGUCAACACUGUGGGAAUAG